CGGAUAGACGGGCGCGAUGAUGGCCGCCUCCGGCACACAGCUCUUGCUGUUUUUGUAGACGCUCACAAUCGAAUCUGCCAUCUACCGAACAAGGACUCUUGCCAACAGCAACAGGCCUGUAGCAGUAACUGGAACAUGCAAAACUUCUCCGAGUGGAUGACCGCGCUGCAAGUGCAGCAGCACAGCCCUGCGUCCUCGUACGCCGAGACCGACAUGUCGGACAGCGACUCGGACAGCUCCAGCUGCGACGACUGCCAGUGCCAUCUCGAGACCAAACGCAAGUUCGUGACCAAGGACGCUCAGCGCGUCUGGGUGCGCACGGCGCCCAUCAGCAUCCCGUCCAACGGCCGCCAGCAGCCUCACCCGCACCUUUGCAAAAGCGUCGUUGAGAGCCCAGACUUGUCCUACCACGCCGACAUGCGUCUGCUUCGCGCCGGUCGCUAUCUACACGAGGACGAGGACAAUCAAGACGAGCUGGACGAGGAUGAUCCUGCCCUCUACGGCAAUUUGGCCUUCUUCCGAUCGCAGUACGGCGCCUCGCAGACCCGCAUGGUCAAGCGCAGCGCGCACUCGUUCAAGUCCACAGCCGUCGCAGCACCGGCCUCACCCACAGGUGUGGACGACCGCGACGACGAAGACAUCUUCGCCAUGGAGCUGUAAGCUUCGUCCGCCGCCGGCCAGUAGUAGCCAGCAGUAGAAACAGUCUAUUUAUUUGCACGCGCACAUAAUUCGCUGCAGCAAUACAAAUGCGAACAUGUAAUUUAUCCACCAACGAACAUUAUCACCCAA